AUGGACGAAUCGAAUUUAUUAAAAAUCAUUGAGGGAUCUAAUUCCGAUGACGAUGCCGUUCGUGGUACUUCUGAAGCACAAAUCGAAGAGCUUCUCCAAAAUGAUCCAUUAUUUGUCUUAAACUCAUUUUUGAAUCUUAUUUUGGCAAAUUCAAAUCAAAGCAUCUCACAGCGAAUGAUCAUUCAACUAUUUUCAAUCGUCAAGCACAUGACACGCUUUUUAUCCACAGAAAUUCUUAUGAAUUUUCUAAAUAGUUUAAUUUCAAAUGUUCAAGCUUUAUUCAAUCCAGAAAACGGAUACAUGGGUCAAAGCAUCAUACCAUCUGUUCUUUGCAAUAUCUAUUCCCUAAUAAUUUCGCUUGUCCACAAAUUUUCACCAGAAGCAACAAUUGAUUAUAACGAGAUCGUUUCUCAACUUGUACAAGUCUUACAGCCCAACUUUACAAUACCAAUUAUUGCCGAAGCAAUUGAAGAUUCAGCAGAUCUUUACAAUUUCAAUCCAGACGUGCUCUAUCAGUUCAUUAUUGACAAUGAAUCAUUUCCGAAUGCAAUAAUACGCUUAUAUUUUGCAAUCAUUGGCAAAAUUCAAGAAGGCAAAAAUUAUGUUGAACUUUUACCACAAAUUUUGAGCAAAAUCACCGAUGACAAUGUUCUUUCAUCGAUAUCCUACAUCAACAACUUCUGUGAACAAAGUUCUCCUUUCAUGGAGUUUGUUUUUCUUGACUUGUCAAAUUAUUUAGGAAAUUUAAUUUUAAAUCAAGUGAGUGACCAAAUCAAAAUCAACUGUUUAUAUACUAUAUCAUCACUUGUUACAAAGAACUCUUCAUAUCUUGUAAAUUCAUCUGAAUUUGCUGAAAUCUUUUUCAAGAUUUCAAUUUCCAUCUUUAAUGACUCAAAUUAUCAAGAUCUCGAAGAUGAAAACAGCACAAGCAUUGCAAAUAUCCAUCAAGAAAUAUGUCACGAUGUAUUUCUCAAGUUAGAUAUGUUGUUUUCCAACAACAAAAGCAAUUUUUUAGAAUUUAUUGGUCAAAACCAAAAUUAUUUAUUUGGAUAUUUAAUAUUUUUAUCUUUUUGUUAUAAUCAUUCUGAUAUUGAAUUAGUUGAUCAAGUAUUAGAAGAAAAUAGUGAUAAUAUUAAUCUGAAAUACGCAUGCAUGAAAAUUUAUUCCGAUGCUGUUUCAAAAACUAAUGAUGAAGAUUCUCUUGAUGUUUUUUCAAAUGUUAUUGAGUUUUUGAAUUCCGGUGAAGAUGAAGCGAUAGUUUAUCUUAUUCUCAAAGGAAUAAGCAAAAGGAAUUUUUAUUCUAAAAAAGUUAAUUCCGAUUUGGAAAUAGAAACAUGGGAUAAUCUUUCUCAUUAUGUUUUAGAAGGAUUUAGUAAUGGCUGGAAUGAAAAAAUUGUUGAGAAAUUAAUUUUCGUUUUAUCAGCAUGCAUAGAAAUGAACGAAAACUAUUCGAUUGAAGAUAGUUUAGCAACUUUCGAUCAAAUCUUUAAUGAAUAUGAAAGUAGUGAUACAAUAAGAGCUGCAAUUGUUAAAGUUAUUCCUCGAUUAUUAGAUCAUUUUAAUGAAGAGAAAAAUCAACAAAUAAUUGAACAAGCAGCAUUUGCUUAUUACGAAGUUUGUGCAAAUUCUUUAAAUGAUGAAUCGAUUAAUCCAAAGAAUAUACCAACAUAUAUGAGUUCUAUGUUGAAAUUCAUUAAAUUUGCAGGAAAUUUACUUGAUGAUAAGUUAGAAUAUUUAUUUAAUUCAUCAUUUAAUGCCGUAUCACAAGAAUUGCAAUUUACUGAAGUUAAAAAAGAUACUCUUGCUGAUUUAAGUGCUUAUUACGCAACUGAAUCAAUGAUAACGGGAACGAAAUAUGUAAUUGAGAAAUCAACUGUUGAUACAAUUACUGAUUACAUUAGUAUUAUUUUGUCAAUUGUUGAUAAGGAACAAUUUAAAUAUUAUUUGGUUGACAAUGAAUAUAAUGUAAUGAACCAAUUAGUUAAUUUAUGUGUUAAUUAUAUUCAAGCUGAUAUUUAUUCAAUAGAAAUAUGUACAAAAUGCUUUGAAUUGUUAAGAUCAUUAUAUGAUUCUGAAAUUGCUGAAGAAAAGCAUGAAGAAUUAUUGGGAAUAUUAAUAGAAUGCUUCAAGAGAAUCUGCAAAUACAAUUUUGAUAAUGGUAUAUUGCUUAUCCAUAUAUUAACAUUUGCACGUGAUGAAAAAGAUCAAAUUAAACAAAACGAAGAAGCAAAACAGAAUUUCAUGGAUCUUUUGAUUAAUAACAUUUUAACUACUUAUUCUUUAGCUAAAAACACAAUUAAAGGUAAUUUGGAAGACACUCAACAAUACCUUUAUUUUGAACAAUUUACAACAGGUGAAAACUUUGGAAAUGCAAUAUUUACUUUCAGAAAAAUUUGUUCUGACAUGUUAAUACAACCUUUCCAAGAAAAAAUUAUUCCUCUUGUUAUGGAAAAUAAGGAAGUCAAAUCUUUAUACCAAAUGAACAUAACUUUGUUGAAUUUUUAUUUGACAUUAUUCCAAGAUGAUUCGGAAUAUGAAAAAUAUCGUGGAUAUAUAUUUGAUUACAUUGCAUUAUUAAGAUCAAAUAAAGAAGAUGAUGAUGAUGAUGAAACAGUAGCUGAAAAUUAUAGCAAAAAUAUGUGCGAUGAAUUAUUUACUACAUUAUAUAGUGUAAUCAAAUAUAUUGAUAUGAGACAAGAGUUUGUUGUAGAAUUACAUCAAAUUCUUUAUGAUUUAUUUGAACAUUCUGAUUGUUUUGUCAGAAGAGGUGAUUUUCCAUUUUGUUUAAUGCUUAUUUACCUCAAAUAUCCAUUUAUAACUGAAGAAAUGGAUAUAUCUGAGGUAAUUUCUUUUGUAUCUGUCGAUUUAAUGUUCUUUGCAGAUCCGUAUAAAUUAUACGAUCUGAAUUAUUCUCAUUGCUUUGUUUUCAACAAGAUAAGUUUGUUUUGGCUGGAAAAUUAUUGGCCAUUUUUAAUAGAAAACCACGAAGAGAUUCAUAAAAGUGGUGAGGAUGGAAGCUUAUUGGAAUCCAUUUUUGCUGGAUGGGGAAGCGACAUGGAUAUUAAAAUUAAAUGUGAAUCAAAAAGGGAAUUACAUAAGAAGUAUAAGAGGUUCUUCUAUAGAUUGAUUGAAUUAUGUAUGCAUAACCGGAGUAUCAUCCAAAAUAUUCAGACAUUCUUCAGGGCAGAAAAAGAAAAUGGUAAAUAUCUGAGCAAACAAGCAGUUAAUAACUGGACAUCAGUUUUCAAUUUAUAUUUCAAGAAAUUUAUGCAAGAACAUGCUAGACAAUAA